AUGAUUGGCUGUGUUCGAGAUUUCUUCACUUACGAAACCACCAAGUCUGUGGUAGUGAAGAGCUCAACGAUUGGCAUCUUCAACCGUGUUGUUCAGCUGCUCAUCAUAGCCUACUUUGUGGGGUGGGUCUUUCUGCAUGAGAAGGCCUAUCAGGUGCGAGACACGUCUAUCGAGUCCACGGUCAUCACCAAGGUGAAGGGCCUAGGUCUCCAUAACAACAGAAUCAUGGAUGUAGCAGAUUAUGUCACCCCUCCUCAGGGUGCCUCUAUGUUCUGCAUAAUCACCAAACUCAUCAACACGGAAGAACAGAUUCAGAGCAGCUGUGCGGAGAGUGAGGUGAAAAAAGCCAGAUGUGCUAACAACAGUGACUGCAGGGAAGGCAGGCACAGAGGUGGUGGUAUAAUGACUGGCAGAUGUGUGGACUUUGACAACUCUUCAAAGACCUGUGAGAUUCAAGGCUGGUGCCCUGCUGAGAUUGACAGCAUUAAGAUUGAUCCGAUGAUGGAGGUGCAGAACUUCACAAUCUUCAUUAAGAACAGCAUCCGCUUCCCCCUCUUCAACUUCACCAAAGGGACCCUGCUGCCCAGCAUCUCGAAAGACAAAAUAAAGACCUGCUUCUUUAACAUGAGUGACAUCUACUGCCCCAUCUUCAGGGUAGCGGACAUCCUUAGAUUUGCCAAUCAGGAUUUUGACAGCAUCGCCAAUGAGGGGGGUGUGAUCGGUAUAAAGAUUAACUGGGUCUGUGACUUGGACAGAUCAGCAGAGGAAUGCAAUCCUGCUUUUUCCUUUACUCGCCUGGAUGCUGUCUCCCAGAACAACAACGUGUCUACAGGGUACAACUUCAGGUUUGCCAAGUACUAUAAAUCAGAGAACGGGACAGACUACCGCACGCUGAUCAAGGCAUUUGCCAUCCGAUUUGAUAUAAUAGUCUCCGGCACUGCACGGAAGUUCAGUGUCAUACCAACUCUCAUCAAUGUUGUGGCUGCCUUCACCACCGUUGGAGUGGGUACGGUCCUUUGUGAUAUCAUCCUUCUCAACUUCUUGAAAGGCGGAGACAAAUACAAGGCUGUUAAAUUUGAAGAGGUUUCAGAGAUCACAGAUUCCCUCUCCAACAGCAAUGAGCUCUAUCAGGGCAGCUCCACCCAGCUGUCAGUCCAGCAGCUAGGGAAGCUCUCAGAGGAUUCCGGAGCCUACUCCAAUGGACAGCAGGGCUGAUGGACAGGAGCUCCCCGCCAAAUGGAUGAGUCAGAGCUGCAGAACAGUGUUGUGUGUUUAAAAUCCCAUAAAUUCCUAUGAUUGCACUGUUUUGCAUGGCCACGCCUGCGUUCACAAUUAUUA